AUGCCGUUUGCUGGUUUAGUCUCAGCUUGGAACAAGCGCCGGAGAAGCAAGUCUGAGGAUCAUAUUAAUCCUUGGAUUUAUAAGCCCGUGGAAUGCUGGCAGAUUGAGGAUAGAUUUCGACCUACAAAAAGACACCAUGGAUCAUCAGUAUACACACUUAAGGAAAUGGAGGUGGCAACCAACUCUUUUAGCGAUGAAAAUCUGCUAGGAAAAGGAGGAUUUGGUCGAGUAUAUAAGGGCACUUUGAAGUCCGGAGAGGUUGUAGCAAUCAAAAAAAUGGAUCUACCUUCAUUCAAAGAAGCAGAAGGAGAAAGGGAAUUCCGUGUGGAGAUUUCAGACUUUGGUCUUGCGAAGGUGAUGCCAGAAGGCCAAGAAACAUGUGUAACAGUUAGAGUUCAAGGCACUUUUGGCUACUUUGACCCGGAAUAUACAUUGACAGGGAAACUGACUUUACAAAGUGAUGUAUAUGCAUUUGGCGUCGUUCUGCUGGAGCUUUUGACUGGACGGAGGGCAGUUGACCUACACCAAGGACCAAAUGAUCAGAACUUGGUAUUGCAGCUUAGGAAUAUAUUGAAUGACAAGAAAAGGUUGAGGAAGAUCACUGACCCCAAUAUGACCAGAAGUUCUUAUACAAUGGAGUCUAUAGCUAUGUUUGCAAGUCUGGCAUCACGCUGUGUUAGGAGUGAUAGUAUGGAACGACCCUCAAUGACAGAAUGCGUGAAGGAGCUCCAACUUAUUGUCUACACAAAUUCGAAAGGGCUCGGGAUGACCAUGCAUGCUCUCCGGAUGAUUUGA